AUGCGACCACAGCCAUCCUCUCGAUCAAUCAAGUAUCUCAUUGGAAGGAUAUUUCAACUACGUUCCUACACAAGUCACGCAACCUUCGAACCUUUGCGUAUCCUUUUCUGCGGAUCUGAUGAGUUUAGUAUUACCUCCCUCCGAGCCUUACACAAGGAGCAUGAGCGAGACGAGGGCUUGAUCGAGUCAAUCGAUGUUGUCUGUCGACCGCCCAAGCACGUAGGUAGAGGCCUUAAAGAUACACGGGAAGUACCCAUUUCCCUCGUUGCAAAGGAAUUGGCCUUGUCUUUACAUGAGAUUGACACGUUCACCAAGUGGAAGCCACCGAUACCUAAUGGCUUGCCAAUAAAUAUGAUCGUUGCCGUCUCCUUUGGUCUUUUUAUACCUCCAAGAAUUCUCGAAGGAGCCAGAUAUGGAGGGCUCAACGUCCACCCUUCCAUGUUACCCGACUUCCAUGGUCCUGCCCCACUACAUCAUACUCUUCUAUCUGGAUGCCAAAGAUCUGGAGUGACUGUGCAGACAUUACAUCCCGAGCGAUUCGAUCAGGGUACCAUUCUCGCCCAGACGCCCUACCCUGGAUUCGAGCAUGGGUGUAGUACGGUGCCCGAACUGUUGACCCUGACGUCCUCCAAAGGCGCGGAAAUACUUGUGCAAUCCAUCAAUAAUCGUCUCUAUCUACAAUCAGCGAAGGGUCCGAAUAGUCUCCAAGAUGAUCGGAUUAUAGCGGCAGCACGUGCAGCACCAAAGAUAACCUCGCGGGAUAGAUUCAUAGACUGGAAUACAUGGACCGCUGAAGUAAUCAUUCGAAGACAUCUUGCCAUUGGUCCUCUAUGGAGCUUCGUCAAAAAUGCACGAAAAGUACGGAGGUUAAUUUGGUCCACGGGCUUUACGAUAUCAGAAGAGGUUGCUAGUAGUACAGAUCUUCCUGUUGGACGGCUAGUGGUAUUCGGAAACAACGAUUGUGCCGAUGAACGAGUCGCUUACGUGCGGACUUGUGAUGACCGAGUGCUCAAGGUCGAUAGGAUCAAGUUUGAGGGCGGCGUAGAAGCCCCGCCCUUACGAGCUGCCAAAAAGGGUGACAUGAUUGACCACGGCACACCUCGUCAGCAUGAUUCGAUGAACCAGGGCAGGAAGGUACUGAUUACAGGAGCAUCGAGGGGCCUAGGCGCUCUUGUAGCGGAGAAGUUCGCCGCUGAAAGUUGCAAGCUGGCCAUAAAUUACAAUGCAAGUCAAGACAAAGCGGAUCAGGCGGCCGAGAAGAUAGAGAGAGAGUAUAAGACCAAGCCCAUCCUGAUCCAAGGAGAUGUGGGAAAGCUUGCGGAUUGUGAGAGAAUUGUGCAAGAAGCAAUCGCUGGAUUGGGUGGUCUGGACGUCAUUAUCUCAAAUGCAGGCUGGACGAAAUUCACUAGAUUCGGGGAUCUUGAUGCCCUCAGUGAAGCCGAAUGGGAUAAGUGCUGGGCCGUCAACUGCAAAGCAAACCUGCACAUCUUUCGGGAAGCUUUGCCAACGUUGAACGCCAAUGCAGAGGGUGGAGUUUUUUUGCUGACUUCGUCGGUUGCGGGCAUCGCGGCCUCCGGCAGCAGCAUGGCAUACUCCGUCACCAAAGCUGCAGGACUCCAACUAGUGAAGUGUUUAGCCUCGACUCAAGGCCCGAAGGUCAGAGUUAAUGCUGUUCUUCCCGGACUGCUCUUGACAGAAUGGGGCGCCAACUUCACACCGGAAACGCUUCAGGAGCUGAAAGAGAAAGCCUACCUAAAGAAAGAGACUGGCCUUGAAGACUGUGCAGACGCAUUCGUUGCUGCAGCGAGAAACAGCUCCAUGACAGGCCAGAACAUUCAGAUCGACUCUGGUCUCAUGAUGCUAGGAAGAACGGGCUAG